GGUCAACUGAUUUAGAAACAUCAGACGGGAGAAACUGAGGAAGAGAUUAAUAGAGAAGACUCAGAUCUGGUCCGCUGUUUGUAGUCACAGGGCCAAUAACAUCUGGAAUGACCAAUCUUCCAGGAUCCAUAAUGAGACUAACUUAUCUACAAGUUGCUAAACAUUACCCCAUAGUCAUUUAUAGCCAUGCUGAAGUGCAGUAAAUCUAGGAACAUGUGCUGUGCCAGAGGACAAAGCCUCCGUCAGACAUUUUUAGUUUAGCCUUUAGAUUUAGAUUUAAUUUCUUAAUAAGUUAUGAAACCGCUCAGAAUGGAGUUAUAAACAGAAAUAAAUAAACAUGUGACUCUAUGAAAGAAAUAUAAAGGCUAAGUGCAGCUGGACUUUAUAAAGCCUCUACUAAAGUCUAAGUUGAGGUCUUCCUCUUCAAUAAUGAGGCUACUGAAACUGUUGCUGAAGCUUACUGUUGUACUGGGAUCCCUGUGGAUGCUUUACCUAAUGAGUCACCCCAAAACAGACUUGGAUCCUACCUACAGUCUUAGAUACAGCUGGUUGGAGUAUACCGAUGCUGAUGGGGGCCCAGAAAAAGUGUGCAACUGUACAGCAAUCAUGCAGGGAGUGAGAGAGGCACUGAAGCAGGCCAAAUUACUGACCAUCACGAAAGACUUCCGCAAGAAUGUUCGGAUCCCCGAUGAGCAUUAUAUUAAUGCAACCCGAGACUGCAGGAAAUUCAAGUUAACCAGGAAAUACUUAACAUUUCCAUUAAGCCAGGAGGAAGAAGACUUCCCCCUGGCUUACUCUAUGGUUGUGCAUCAUAAGGUGCAGAACUUUGAGAGGCUGCUGCGAGCCAUCUAUGCGCCUCAAAAUAUUUAUUGCAUCCAUGUGGACGAACAAUCACAGGCAUCAGUCUUCUCUGCCAUCAGUGCUAUUACUUCCUGUUUCCCAAAUGUCUACAUGGUCAGCCAGAGGGUGAGAGUGGUUUAUUCUGCCUGGCCACGCGUCCAGGCUGAUCUUAACUGUAUGGCUGAUCUCUAUAAUGUCAGCACAAAAUGGAAAUACUUCAUCAACCUUUGUGGACAGGAUUUCCCUCUGAAAACCAAUUUGGAGAUUGUAAGGACGCUGCGUUCACUGAAGGGCGGUAAUAGCUUGGAGUCAGAAAAACUGCCUAAAGAAAAGAAAUGGAGGGUCUCAAAUGUUCACCAGAUAGUUGAUGGGAAAAUCCAGGCUACAGGAAAGGCAAAGAAGCCACCUCCGUUCAACCUGCCCAUUCUGUCGGGAAACGCCUACAUUGUGGUUAGCCGAGGCUACGUUCGCAGCGUGUUGGAGGACAACCGAAUACUAGCACUGAUGGAGUGGGCCAAAGAUACCUUCAGUCCUGAUGAGUUUCUCUGGGCAACCAUUCAACGAAUUCCUGGUGUUCCUGGCUCAACGUGGCCCAAUCGUAAACACGACAUGACAGACAUCAAUGCAAUUGCACGGCUUGUGAAGUGGCAGUGGCAUGAGGGUUCACAGGGUUCGCUGGAGGCGGUGUACCCAGAGUGUCAUGGUAAACAUGUCAGGUCAAUAUGUGUGUAUGGCGCUGGAGACCUGCAGUGGUUGCUUGAGCACCAUCACCUCUUUGCCAAUAAGUUUGACACAGACACAGAUCCCAUUGCCCUCUACUGCUUGGAGAAGUAUCUGAGACAAAAGGCACUGGCUGAGUUACAACCGUAACAGAGGUUUUUCUGACAACCAAAAAUGAGUCAAAGCAGCAUUUUACUGCCCUAGAAUUGUUUGCUUCACAAUUUUUAAGAAAAGCUGAAGUAAUUAGAAAAACACAAAUACAAUAACCAAAUUAAAAAUCUAUUAAAUUAGAGGCAAUACAUUAUUAUUCAGUCCGCUAAUUCUGCCAUCUAACAGUAUAAUCUAGCAGUACAUCUGAUGUUUUCAUAAUGUCCAUCCGUCGGUCGAUUACUUCAAUCUGCUAAAAAGCACAGAGGAAAAUCUCCUUGCAUUUAAUGUAAAAACUGCGUCUUUUCGUAUUCUAGUUAGGUUUUUGGAAGUGCAUAUGUGCAAAAUACAGGGAAAACCUACGGUAAAAAAACCCUCUGCGGUGUGCAAGAGAACAGCUUGGGAAAAGAUACAUUUUCCAGUAAAGUGAUGACCCCAAACAUAAGCCAAACCUGCACAGGACAAAAAAACCUUAAUGUGAGUUGCCAAAAUUCCACUAUCCACUCACAGUCCCCAUAACACAGACAGAGUUCAGAACAGGGAAAAUGUUAUGUGUCCAAAUGUGUAACUGAUGCAAACCAAGAGUGUUUUUUAAUGGUCAGUGCCAAAAAAAACAUCUUGUGAUUGAUUCAUUGUUAUGAAAAACCAGAAGUCAGUGUAGGCGGAGUUGAUUAUUAUGCAAUGUGCGUUGUGGUACAUGGAGUACUUUGAAGCCUGUUGAGGAGGAACACAUUUUUAAUGAAGUUAAACAUUUUACAUAUUUUCCAACAAAUUAGUAACUUGCAAGCCACAAACAAAUGUAUACAAAAAUAAGAAAAAGCUUAUCAAAGUAGACACACCAUAACGUGUACAGGAGGCACUCUUUAUACUCUAUACCUCUCUAACCAUCUGUCAACACAGACUUUCUUCAUCACUCUCCAACAAUCUCACACUCACCCCCCCCCCCCCC